ACAUAGACUUAUAAUAUUAUAACUCUAUGAGCGUUCAUCAAAUACGACAAUUACAGUUUUAGUUUUUACUUUUCACUUUUUCUGAAGCUGAACAUAGACGUUAGCAGUCAAUUGUGAUAGUGUUCAACCGUUGAGGCGCCUAAAAUCCCGCGUAAUUGAGUAGUUUUCCCGAAAUGUAAUGGGACAACAAACCUAACAACCUUACCCGGAUUGUGGAGUACGAAUCAAAGUGCCGUCUUGGUGGCCUUACCGAGUUGUGACUACCGACUACUAAUUUUCAUUUAUCGUAAUUGAGUAUUGAGUGUUCGUAAUGAUGAAUAACUCCCCAUCGAGUUCCAGAAGCCAUGGCGAUUCAGAAGUUUCAGGAGUUGUAAGCAAAAAACGUAAAGUUGAUCAAAUGGUCGAUGGUUCGAUUAUCAAAUUAGUAUUAAAGAAUUUCAUGACUUUUAGUGAAGUUACAUAUACUCCAAAUUCAAAACUGAAUUUAAUAAUUGGGCCCAAUGGAUCUGGAAAAUCAUCAAUUGUUACAGCUCUCAUAUUAGGAUUUGGUGGUAACCCAAAAGACAUUAAUAGAGGAGACAAAGUGAGUCAGUUUGUAAAAUUAGGCAAAUCCGUAGCCGAUAUCUCCAUUGAACUUUAUAAGAGAUCAAACCAAAAUGUAAAUUUAAGAAGAACAAUAUUCGCCAGCAAUGAUGCUUGUCACUAUUAUGUCAAUAGUAUCUUAGUCUCAAAAAAAAAAUACUCUGAAGUUGUUGAAAGUUUUAACAUAAGAGUGCACAACUUAUGUCAAUUUUUACCACAAGACAGGCUUGAAGAUUUUUCUAAAUUGGAUUCUAAAGGUUUAUUAAUAAAUGCUUUACAAAGUAUUGAAAAUCAAGACUUAUUGAAAAAUUUUGAAAAAUUGAAAGCUCUUGCUGUUAGCAUAACUUCAUAUGAUAGUGAUCAAAAGAAAUUGCAAGAUAAUAUCAGAUCAGAGAUUGCUGUAAAUUUAAAACUCGAAACAAUUGUCAGUUCAUUUACAGAAAAAAAAUCAUUGGAAGAACAAUUAUUGGUUGUGUUACAGAAGAGAUGUUGGUCCUUAUACAUGUUGGCUUGGAAACAAAUUUCUAAUGAAAGAAAAAAAUUUGAAGAGUCCAAAAUAUAUAAUAAGGAUGCCUUAAGUCUUAUAAACCAGCAAAAAGAUAAAAUAAAAAGAAAACAAUCAGGAGAAAUUAAUCUGAAAAAUGUGGUUCUUCAGAAUGCAAAUGCAGUAAGUAAGUUAAUUGAAAAACUUAAUAAUCUAGUUGGAGCUUCUAAAUGCCAUGUAUCUGAUAUKAAUGAAUUGAAAAAAACCAUUAAAAAAAAUUCAAUAAGAAUUGAAGACCUGACAGAGUCCAUAUCAUCUAUGGAAGAGAAGUUGCAGAGUAUAAAAAAUGAAACAUUAAAUGUUGAAGAGUGUAAACUGGAACUUAAUGAAAUUAAUAGAAAUAUCAAAAAUAUUGAUGAUAAUAUUUACCCUKUGAGAAAUAAUUUAGAGAGUAUCAAAAACAAACUGAGAGGUCUAACCGAAAAAAUGUAUGCUAUCGAUCAAGAACUUGAACGUGAAAAAAGAAAAGAGGAUGGUAAAAAUCAAUUACUGCAGAGACAGUUUCCUGAAAUGUGGAAAGCAAUAAAAUGGCUAAGAAACUGUGAUAAGUCAUCAAUUUUUCAAGGACAAGUAUUUGAACCAUUAUUCACUCAGAUUGAAGUUCGUGACCAAAAGAAUGCCAAGUACAUAGAAAACAUUGUUAAUUAUCGUGAUAUGAUUGCAUUUGUUUUUGAGUAUGCAGAAGAUCUGACUACAUUUAAUAAAAUAGUUAAACAAGAGCGUUGGAAAAAAAUUAAUUCAAUCUCAGCUCCCCCUGCCAAUUUUAAAGUUAACGAGACACCAAAUUAUGAUAUAAACAGCUUAAAACAAUUUGGAUUCCAUUCUUAUGCAUUAGACAUGAUAAAAGCUCCUUCUGUCAUAAGGAGAUAUCUAGCUAGAAGUUAUGACAUGCAUAAUAUACCUAUUGGUUCUAAGGAAGUUCUUAAUAAUAUGCAGAAUUUACCCAGUAAUAUUGGGUUCUUUUUUGCAGAUAAUGAUCAAGUUAGUAUAAGAACUUCUAACUAUACUGGAGAAAAAAUCACACGACAAUCACAAAUAUCAACUGAUGCACGAUUUUUGCUGUUUUCUGUGGACUCAAAUUUGAUUCAAUCUCUGAAAACCAAGAAAGAAGAUGCUAGAAUAAAUUGUGAACAUUUUGAACAUCAACAAACUGAAUUGAUUAAUCAGCUUAGAAAUGCUGAAGAUAGUCGUCAGCCUUUUUUUGCAAGGAAAAAAGAAAUACAAGGAAGUUUUAUGAAAUUUCAAAACAGGCAACAAGCUCAUGAUAAAAUGGUUAAAGAUAUGGAAUUUAAACAGAGUGAACUUAAAACGGAAAAAGAAAGAACUUCUAAAUUGUUAAGCCAAAAUUCGCAACUUAUCAAUAAGUACUUUGAAUCAAUGAAUGGAGUGGUUACAAUGCUGGAUAGUUAUUCAACUAGUAUGAAGCAUCUGAUAGGUUCUGCCUUUGUUGUUAGCAAUUGUGGUGUUGACAUGCGAGAUGAAAACAAAGUGUUGAGCCAAUUAAAGACUCUCUAUGUAACAAGCUUGAGCAAUUUCAGCGAUUACCUGAAGUACAUUCAAAAGUUGGAAUCAGAAUUCAAGAAAAUGCUAGAUGUAGCUAUACAUUGGACUAAUGGAGUGUCUCCUUAUGAUAAAACUUUAUUUCAACCCUUGCUUGAAAAGUUUAAYGCUAUUGAACAGAGUGAUGUUGAUGAUUUAGAUGAAUUAAUUGUUGAGAAAAAAGCCAAACUAAAUUGUCUAAAUAUUGAUCCAAAUGCUCCUCAGUUAAUAAAAGAAUACAAGGAACGCAAGACAAAAAUAAAGAAUUUAGAAAAAAAAUUGGAAAGUUUAAAUCUUAAUGCUCAAACCAAAGAACAGGAAAUUGAAAGAUUACACUCUGAAUGGUUGUCAAAAAUUCAAGAACUUACUAUUAUGUUGAGUGUUAAUUUCCAGAAAUUUCUCAAAUCAUUUGGUUGCAGUGGCAUAAUUGAAUUAGACAUUGGCGUAACAAGGUAUGAUUUCCAAGCAUAUGGUCUAUUGAUAAAGGUGCAAUUUCGUGAUGACACUCCUUCGUUGAGGCUAUUAGAUGCCAAAAGCCAAAGUGGUGGUGAACGUGCACUGACAACAGCACUAUUUUUGUUAUGCCUUCAAGAAGUUACACAUUUUCCGUUUAGAAUUGUAGAUGAAAUAAAUCAGGGCAUGGAUAAAGUUUAUGAAAAGAAAUUGAUGGAAUUGUUUAUGGAGUUAUUUGAAGACAGGAACAAUCAGUAUUUAGUUGUCACACCAAAGGUUUGUUAAAUAUAUUUGUAGAAAGGAGGGGAAUUUUUUUUUAUACGAUCUAAAAGUUUACGUUUUACUUCAGUGCUAAAUAUAGAACUUCACUUUUAGUCUUUUAGAUCACAUUUUUAUAGUAUUAAUUUGUUUUUUAAACACA